UGAACCUCCGCAAUCAACAGCAAUCAUGUGUCGAUAUUGUGGAGUACUCGUCGGCGAAUGCCUUGCGCCUCUGAUUAGAAGAACGGCAGGAAUGGUGCAGAAAAGGACAAUGAGCACCCGAGUCGCAUACCGUCCAGCGACACGUUUGAUACAGUCUACAGCCACUCAGGGUGGUAUCAAAUCAUUCUCGUCAUCAGCAUCGCUGUGCAAGAAAGGAGGUAAGGCUGCCCGAGAAGAGAAGAAGGCCGAAACCAAGGGAAAGGGCGACGCCGCGGCCGAGGACCCGUACGACUUCACCGAUCUGGAGAAGGAUAUAUCGAAUGCUCUGGAGAGGCUGAAGACGGACCUGUCGAAACUAAGAGCUGGUGGCCGUUUCAACCCUGAAGUUGUAGAGAAUCUACGUGUGCAGCCGGACAAGCAGAGCAACCAGACCGUCAAACUCAACGACGUCGCCCAGGUCAUUCCCAAAGGCCGCACUGUGCAGAUCCUGGUUGGCGAGAAGGAUCAUGUUAAACCUGUUUCCUCCGCCAUUCAGUCAUCCUCACUGUCGCUUACACCACAACCCGAUCCUACUGGACAGAACCCGCUUCUCUUAGUCCUCAACAUCCCUCCUCCUACAGCAGAAUCUCGAAAAGCAGUCAUCGAUGAAGCAGGCAAGGCAGGGGACAAGGCGAGCACGAGUGUCAGAGACGCUCGCGGCAAGCAGCAAAAAAAGCUUCGAGCGAUGCAACUGGGAAAGUCUGCCAGGCCCGACGAUUUGAAGAAGGCCGGCACAAUGAUGGAGAAAGUCGUCGAAAAGGCUACCGCUGAGCUCAAGAAAGUUGUGGAUAAUGCCAAGAAAGUACUUGAGAGCGGAUGAUACAUUGAUCUGUACUCUCGGCUUCACGAUCUGUACCACUACGAUUCUCCUCGACAGCUUCUGCCCAAGUCAACGAGUCACUCCGAUACGUACGUUUCCAUCCGAAGACAAGGCGCCGAGCCUACGGACAUUCGGGAAUAGGCUUUCAGAUCGGCUUGGUAAGCUCGAGUGCCAAUGGUCCCCAGACAAGUCCACUCUACUGUAUCUUGAAGCGGCGGUUUGUCCCACAAGGCCCCACCUCCUGGCGACUUCAGGCCACCACAAUGGGCUUAGCAUAAGUCACUGACGGUGCACAACCUAUCACGAAGUUCGGUGAUGUCGAAGUUUCUAACGUGCUGGAGCUCGGAUCAGCCUGGCAGCGUUUGCUUGCGGCAUCUGCGCAAUUUGCAGGUCGGUGGUGGCGCAUCCCGCGACGCAACAACACAAUGGUGUGCAUGUAAGUUUCCACUAUACUGCAGCAACAUGACGUGAAAUCCAAACUGCGUGUCCUGGG